CACAUUGCACAGAUUUUCAUUUCACUUUGCAUGAUUGGCUCAAGGAGACGUUAGCGAUUGAGAUUUGCGAAGCAUGGUUGGUUGAUCGUAGGUACGUAAGUGGCUUUGUAACAUUCUGCGAGUAACAACAUUGACAUGGUUUCCAUCUAGAUGAGGAUUCAUAUUCAGCAAAUGCCCCGAGCUAGCUAUCUUCAUACAAAAAAAAAAUCGUUCUUGCCGAGUAGAGAUCCAGAGUGGUACUUCUUUGGACCCCGGGAUAGAAAAUGCCCUAAUGGGUUCAGAACAAAUAGGGCCACGAAAGCUGGAUAUUGGAAGUCAACAGGCAAAGACAGGAGAGUGACGUGUCAAAAUCGAGCCAUAGGGAUGAAGAAGACAUUGGUUUACUACCGUGGACGUGCGCCGCAAGGGAUUAGGACCGAUUGGGUAAUGCAUGAGUAUCGUCUUGAUGACAAGGAGUGCGAAGAUAGCUCUGGGAUUCAGGAUUCGUAUGCAUUAUGCCGAGUGUUUAAGAAGAACGGCAUCUGCUCUGAAAUUGAAGAACAAGGCCAAUGCAGUAUAUCCCAAAUAGAGAGCUCGUCGCAAGGUGUAAUCAAUGAGUCGGAAAUGUCGCCGGACAUUCCAACUGCAUCGUCCUUAUGCGUCGAUCAGGACGAUGACAAGGAUGAUUCGUGGAUGCAGUUCAUCACUGACGACGAUUCUUGGUGUCAUAAUUCUAACGCUGCUUUUGGAGGGGAUGACAUCUCACGUCUGGCUUUCACAAACUGAUUAUCAUCAGCCCUACUUCUACAUAAUGGAGGAUUAUUGGACGUAAAUAAUACAAAUAUAUAUGGGGUGGAUUUUGUUCUUCAUAAAUAAGGAAUAUACCGUUCGUUUUUUCCAAAAGUAUAAAUGCAAAUAGAUCUCUCUCAAAUUUUUAUUUGUGAAUUAGCUGCGUCAUCUCCAAUUGGAUGUUCUUGUAGUUAUUUUUAU